GCCAAACUGAAAGUUGCUAGGAAGUAACUCACUGGCGUGAUUUGGCAAUCAUUUAAUAAUUAUUAAAUCAAUAGGAAUGGAGAUUUGUCCACAUUUACCGCUGGACUGCUUGAUUACUGUAUUUUCCCUUCUUCAGGAUGAAGAUUUAAUUAGUGUGUCAACAGUUUGUAAGGAGUGGUACCAUGCUGCAGAGACACAAUGGUUGUGGAAGAGACUGUGUUUACAGAGAUGGAGCUUCUGCAAUGUUUCCCAGUUCCGCACAGACACCGGGACACCCUCAUGGAAAAGAUAUUAUCUGCGUCGAUCUCAUCUAGAGAUGAAAAUGAAAUCAGGCAGGUCAUGUGCAGACUACACCUGCAAAAGCCUGCGAGGCCAUAAAGGCAAGGUUGUUGGUUUUGGAUACUUGGUUGGAAAUGAUGACUGCUCAGACGUUUGGAAGUCUACGCCAGUUGUCUGUAGUGCAUCCACAGAUGGCACAGUCAAAGCAUGGGACAUCCAGAAGGGUGUUAAUUUAUGGACCAGUCCUGCUCAAAGUCCUAUGCAGGACAUCAUAGUCGACCCGGUUCGGUCUGUUGUUGUUACAUCCGACUGCACAGGAACAAUCAAAUCGUGGGAGGGAUUAACCGGACAGGAGCUGGCCUCAUUUGAGUCAGGACUCUCAAAUGCCAAACUGAUGUUAUUCAAUGACAAAAGCAGCUCUUUCGUUAUGGUGGGAUCUAUUCAAGGUCUAGUUGUCUUGACUUGUCCUGCACUGUCUGAGGUUUCAAGGCACGUGGUCUUCGACUCGUUUAGGGUAGACCUACUUCUUUCAUCUCCAGAUAAAAAGUGGAUAUUCACUGCCUCCAAAGAAAAUUUAGAUUUAUGCCCUAAGGUUUUCUACACUGAAACGGUGUGUUAUCCAAAUGAGGAUGAGGAAAGUCUGUGUCAGAGUCUGUCAAUCAAUGGCUGUUGUGCUGCCGUAUUCCUUCCCUCCCAUCAUGCACGAAUCGCAGUAAUCCAUACAGACAGUCUCUUCAGCAACAAAACAGUCUCAGUCUUUGACCUGACCAUAAAGGAAUCCAAAUAUAAGAAGGAACCACAAGCUCAACAAGUUGCAUCUUUUCAGAUAGAACUAAGGGACCGUACCAACCUCACUCUUGAGGCAAAAGGGAGCAACACCCUUCUGGUUACAGAUGGAAACUUUCUAAAGGUUUACACGCUUACAGGGGAUCUUGUAGCUAGUUUUGAGGACCAUAUACAGCCGAUUUCUGCUCUUUGUGUGGACAGUUUUAGGGUGGUAACAGCAUCCCGCGACCUGUCUCUCCGAGUACUGACCUGGAGAAAUGAUAAACAACAUGGGCUUAACCUUGAGAGCCAGUAUCAAUUACUUGGAGGCUCCCACACAAUGUCCAGAGGAUUCACAAACGUUGCCUGUGAUUAUUCAAGUAUAGUGGCCUCUGUGGAGUCAGUGGACGGAAAGGACGUUUUGAAGGCAUAUACAUUUGAUUUCUGAGCAUUUUUCUAACAUAACUCGAGUUGGUCAAGACAUGCUCUUAAAUAAAAUGAACCAAAGUAAAGGAAAUAUUAUUUAUAAGUCAAAACUCUGAUCGUGAGUACUUUUGGGUAAAAGGCAAAGGAUAUAAAACGAACUGCAAGUACAAUAUUCUAACUGUACAAUAAGAAAAAAAUAAACUCAUAAUUCUGGGAAAAUAUUGAUUCAUUGGAGAUGAUUGUGAUUCGAUUGUAUAUUAUAAUGUCUUACUUUUCUUUUUCCAAUUGUCUGUAUGUCAAAAAGUCCUUCAAAGGAAUAGUUCACCUUAUCGUGCAUAAAUUAAAUGCACAGUGCAUGUAAAGAAGCUUCAUGAUCCUUGUAGUUGGUGCUGAGGAGCAUUGUUGUGCGGGUUCGCUGGUGUAGUAAUUAAUUAAUGGUGCUGGGAGCUCUCGGGGCUGAAUAAAGAAGAAUAGAUAAAAACAACAUUUAUAUAUAACACAGGGUUUAAGUUAACUGUAACUAAUUAGAAAUUUACUAGUUAACAAAUGUUGUUUACCAAGAGGAAUAGAUUCCCUUGAUUGCCUGAUUCUCCUCACUCCAUUGUGAUGGAUCCUCGUACUUGCACGUCUGCCCACCACAUCCCAUAGACUAUUGCAUAUGGUAGGGAAUAACAUAAGGUAGCACCUCUUUAACUAUGUAUUUUGGCCUGGGAACUCUGGAGCCUGUCACUUUUAAAGGAACGAUUGUAAUUGCAAGGACAAACAGUAUUACUAAAGAUACACUUUUUGUGACAAUAAAUUUGGGAAGGCUCCCUUCCGUGCUUUCAUGAACGCGCCCAACCCCCACCCCCAAAUCCUUUUUGUCGUUUAAAGUUAUUUUCUGGAAGUGGUAGUUGAGAUGUAUACUUACCCAAACACAGGU